AUGCAAUUGCGACUGAUUUCUUGGUUUUUUAUCACUUUGAACUUUAUGGAAUACAUUGGCAGCCAGCACGCCUCCAGGGUACGGCGACAGGGAAGAAUGCAUCCUAACGUGAGCCAGGGUUGCCAAGGAGGGUGUGCUACAUGUUCUGACUACAACGGAUGCCUGUCAUGUAAGCCCAGGCUCUUUUUUGUUCUGGAGAGGAUUGGCAUGAAACAGAUCGGAGUAUGUCUUUCCUCAUGUCCAAGCGGAUACUAUGGGACACGGUAUCCCGACAUUAAUAAGUGUGCAAAAUGUAAAGCUGACUGUGAUACCUGCUUCACCAGAAACUUCUGCACAAAGUGUAAAAGUGGGUUUUACUUAUACAGUGGAAAGUGCCUUGAAAAGUGCCCUGAUGGGCUGGAAGCCAACAAUCACACGAUGGAGUGCACUAGUAUCGUGCACUGUGAAGCUAGUGAGUGGAGUCCAUGGAGCCCUUGCACAAAGAAAGGAAAAACAUGUGGUUUCAAAAGAGGAAAUGAAGUAAGGGUCAGAGAGAUCGUACAGCAUCCGUCAGCAAGGGGCAAUCCUUGCCCAGCUACAAGCGAGAGCAGAAAAUGUAUUGUACAAAGAAAGAGAUGUCAGAAGGAAGGAAAAGGGAAAAAAAAUAGGGAGGAGAAAAGAAAAAAGUCCAACAAAGACGAAAGCAAGGAGACAAGACAGGAAAGCAAAGGGCGAGCAGCCCGAAGACAAAACCGAGAACAGAGGGAAAACAACAACAAAACGCAGCCGAAGAAAAGAAAAGCCCCAAAUAAAGAACAGAACCUGGCACCCGUCGACACUGCACAUUAACAGCCCUCCAUGAUUGUUUAUGUCUUAUGAUGCUGCUAUCUCUACCAGAUCGCCCUGACAGGUGCUCCAACUGUUCAGGCCGCAAGUGGACAAUGCUACCAGUUAUUAUUAAACUUAAAACAACAUUCCAAAUACUUCCUAUAUUCUCCAAGCAACCAUAGUUUAUUAAAGAGAUUGACAUGAGCCAAGAAAAAAAAAUCUAAAAAUGGGAUACUUUAAAACUGUUAUAUUAUAUGCUUCCAUGCAUCUGUAAAAGGCAAUUAAGAAAUUUUGUAUAUAUAAAUAAUAGGGUAUAAAAUAUAGCAAUAUAAUAAUGAAUGACAUUCAGAUGAACAAUGUUCUUUUUCUUUGUAAAAUAUUUUUCAAGUUAUUGUUUAAGUAUGAGGCAAGAGGUAUGUCUAAAUCUAAGACACAAAUCGUAUCCCUUCAUAUAUUGUACAUAAAUAUUAAGAGAAGGAGGAAAACGUUUCUGAAGAGCCAGUAGGAACCCAAGGUUUUAAAACCUCUGGUGGAGCAGGAUGAUCCCAUCCUGCUCUGUAGUUCCCUGGUCCGUGCUCCAGAUGCGGGUGAGAAACACCAGGGGAAAGCCGGCAGGGCUUCACAAGCUGAGAGAAAAGAAGCAGAAGCCUCUGCAGCUUUGAAGACUGAAUCCCUGAGGCAGAAAGCCGCGGAGCCGAGCUUGAACAGUGCUCUUAUCUGUGGGACAACACAAUGUUUUCUGGUCUAAACCGUGGUACCGUGUGUGCUGUUUUAUGCUUUUUAUACCUAUGUGUAACUUAAGUCUACAUUUCAAAUCUUCUGGUGAAUGACAAAUCAUAUUUGUAGGAGACAAUGUUGAGUUAAUAAAAAACAGAAAAAUAGA